UCUGAGCACUAAACCCCGCCCAUGGAGAUAUGAGAGAGUCGUAUUGCAAAGUGUAGGAGACUCCCGCUGGCAAGCAGUCGAGAAACCGGUCUCUGUCCACGCCACCUGCACAAGAGCUCUAUAAACCAUAUGGCUGAGACCAGAGGGAAGUUCGAUUUUGCCAUUGACCGUGGGGGGACUUUCACUGAUGUUUUUGCUCGUCUGCCGGACGGUAGAGAGCGGGUCCUCAAACUGCUCUCCCAUGACCCCCAGAACUACAGAGACGCCCCCACCGAGGGCAUCCGCCGCAUACUGGAACAGGAAACAGGGCUCAGUUUCCCAAGGGACCAGCCUCUGGACUCAUCUCUGAUUGGCUGGAUCAGAAUGGGCACCACAGUGGCCACUAACGCGCUGCUGGAGCGUCAGGGUGAGCGGACAGCCCUGCUAGUGACUCGUGGAUUUAAAGACUUACUGCACAUCGGCACUCAGGCUAGACCCAACCUGUUUGAUCUUGAGGUGCGUAUGCCUGAGGUACUUUAUGAGGAGGUUGUAGAAGUGGAUGAGAGAGUUGUCCUGAGACAGGAUGGUUGCCAACUGCCCAGGAAGGAGCCCAAGCGUAUAGUAACAGGCAGUACAGGGGACAGUUUGGAAGUUUGGCAGGAGCUGGAUUUGCAGCGUGUGGAGAGAGAUUUGAAGGCAGUUUUGUCCAGAGGAAUCACCAGCCUGGCCGUGCUGCUGCUGCACUCCUACAUAUGGCCUGCCCAUGAGAAAGCUGUGGGGUCAUUGGCACGGAAACUCGGAUUCACCCAGGUGUCUCUGUCCAGUGAAGUGAUGCCCAUGAUCAGGGCGGUGCCUCGUGGGUAUACAGUGUGUGCAGAUGCCUACCUCACACCCAAAAUACACCAAUACCUCAAUGGAUUUACCAGAGGCUUCAAGGGGGCGCUGAAAGAUGUGGAUGUGUUGUUUAUGCAGUCUGAUGGGGGUCUGACCCCUAUGGAGCAAUUCAGUGGCUCGCGGGCAAUUCUGUCUGGUCCCGCUGGAGGCGUGGUGGGAUACGCCGUCACUUCCUACAACUCCUCUGAAAACAAGCCUGUUAUUGGAUUUGACAUGGGAGGUACGUCUACAGAUGUUAGCCGCUAUGCUGGUCAAUAUGAACAUGUAUUUGAAGCUACUACAGCUGGUGUCACACUGCAGGCUCCUCAGCUGGAUAUCAACACCGUCGCAGCAGGAGGAGGCUCACGCCUGUUCUUCAGGUCAGGGAUGUUUGUUGUUGGUCCCGAGUCAGCUGGUGCUCACCCAGGUCCUGCCUGCUAUAGAAAAGGGGGCCCUCUCACGGUCACUGACGCUAACCUGGCCCUCGGACGUCUGCUGCCAGACUUCUUCCCUCACAUCUUUGGCCCUGGAGAGAACGAGCCGCUCUCCACGGAGGAAACGAUGAGGCAGUUUCAGCAGCUCACCCAUCACAUCAACCACUUCCUCUCUACCAACCAGUCACAGCACAAUGCCAAUGGAGCCGGCCAGUCAAACAGCGAUGGGCCAAAAGGUUGCGAAUCAGAAAUGAGCGUGGAGGAGGUGGCAAUGGGAUUCAUCAAAGUUGCAAAUGAGACCAUGUGUCGACCAAUCAGAGCACUUACACAGGCGAAAGGUCAUGAUACGUCUCAGCAUGUACUGGCGUGUUUCGGGGGAGCCGGAGGUCAGCAUGCCUGCGCCAUCGCUCGAGCUUUAGGCAUGAAAACCGUCUUCACACACAAAUACAGUGGAGUUCUCUCAGCAUAUGGGUUAGCUCUGGCUGAUGUAGUAGAGGAGGUUCAGGAGCCAUGCUCUCUGCAGUAUAAUGAGGAUUCCUACUCUGAGCUGGACCACAGGAUUCAGGAGCUUACCCAGCGCUGCCACGGAACACUGCAUCAGCGCGGCUUCAGCAGUUCUCAGAUCAGUACAGCAGUGUUCCUGCAUAUGCGAUAUGAGGGAACAGACUGUGCUCUAAUGGUCAAUACAAGUGACUACCCUGCUCAUGCUCAAUCCUGUCAAUCUGGAGACUUUCGCACUGCCUUUACUAAACGAUACAUGAAAGAAUUUGGCUUUACCAUUGCAGACCGGCCUAUAAUGGUAGAUGAUAUUCGUGUGCGAGGGUCAGGAAGAUCUGGCAUUAAGUCUGUGACCAUGGCCAUGGAAGGACACAGAUCCCCAGCACCAACCAAGAUUACCAAGUGUUACUUUGAGGAGGGCUAUCUGGACACCAGUGUGUAUAUGUGGGAGGAUUUGUCUUGUGGCUACAGCAUUGAGGGUCCAGCUAUCAUCAUCGAUAAAAACAGCACCAUUUUGGUGGAACCAGGCUGUUCGGCCCAACUGACCUCAAGUGGGGAUGUCUGUAUCGCCGUGGGAACGGACAGCCAGUGUGUGUUGGGGACGGAACUGAACACAGUGCAACUGUCCAUCUUCUCUCAUCGCUUUAUGAGUAUAGCAGAGCAGAUGGGCCGUGUGUUGCAGAGGACGUCCAUCUCCACUAACAUUAAAGAGCGUUUGGAUUUCUCCUGUGCUGUGUUUGGGCCUGAUGGGGGUUUAGUGUCUAACGCGCCGCACAUACCUGUACAUCUGGGAGCCAUGCAGGAGACCGUACAGUAUCAGUUAAAGGCCAUAGGCAGCAGUCUGAAGGAGGGAGACGUGAUUUUGAGCAAUCACCCGUGUGCUGGAGGCAGUCACUUGCCUGACCUCACAGUCAUCACACCAGUAUUUUGGCAUGGUGUGAAUGGCCCGGUGUUCUUUGUGGCCAGUAGAGGGCACCAUGCUGAUAUUGGGGGCAUCACCCCAGGCUCUAUGCCCCCCCAUUCCACCUCUCUACAGCAGGAAGGUGCCGUCUUCACAUCUUUUAAACUCGUCACUGAAGGAGUCUUCCAAGAGAAGGCUGUCACCGAAGCCCUGCUGGAUCCAGCUCAGUACCCAGGAUGCUCUGGGACACGUAAUCUCCAUGACAACCUGUCAGACCUACGAGCUCAGGUGGCUGCCAAUCAGAGAGGAAGCCAGCUGGUGGGGGAGUUGAUUGAUUGUUAUGGGCUGGCUGUAGUCCAGGCAUAUAUGGGGUAUAUUCAGAGUAAUGCCGAGCUAGCUGUCAGAGACAUGCUGAAAGAGUUUGCACGUCGCCAACAGCAACAGACUGGCUCCCUAGAAGUGGAGGCAGAAGAUCAAAUGGAUGAUGGAACACCAAUCAGAUUAAAAGUGCAGAUAAAUGAAGAGGAGGGCAGUGCUGUGUUUGAUUUUUCAGGCUCAGGGACAGAAGUGUGGGGAAACUGUAAUGCUCCUCGAGCCAUCACACUCUCUGCUCUCAUCUACUGUUUACGGUGCAUGGUGGGGCAAGACAUUCCUCUUAACCAGGGCUGUCUUACCCCCAUAAAAGUCAUCAUCCCCCCCGGCUCCAUCCUGCAGCCUUCCCAGAAUGCUGCGGUCGUGGGUGGUAAUGUUCUGACUUCUCAAAGAGUGGUGGAUGUCAUCUUCAGAGCAUUUGAAGUGUGCGCUGCCUCCCAGGGCUGCAUGAACAACGUGUCGUUCGGCAGUGACAAGAGUGGUUACUAUGAGACGGUUGCCGGUGGUGCAGGUGCGGGGCCAGGAUGGAGUGGACGUAGUGGAGUCCACAGUCACAUGACCAACACCCGCAUCACUGACCCCGAGAUUCUGGAGAAAAGGUACCCCGUGAUCCUACAGCAGUUCUCCCUUAGGCCUGGCUCUGGAGGUCGAGGUCGUUACCAUGGUGGUGAUGGGGUCAUCCGAAAGCUUCUGUUUCGGAGUAAAGUGGUUUUGUCAGUGCUGACUGAGAGACGCUCCACACGUCCUUACGGUUUACAUGGAGGCCAGAGUGGUUCUGCUGGGCUUAAUCUGUUACACAGAGCUGAUGGCAAAGUGUUAAAUCUGGGAGCAAAAACCACAGUCGGCCUAGAACCCGGGGACAUGUUCUGUCUGCACACUCCUGGAGGAGGUGGUUAUGGACGAGAGGAAGAGGAGGAUGAAGAUGACAAUCGCAGUCUCUCCAAACGGCAGUGCCUAAACGAAGCUUUUGCGGAGAGAGGGAGUGUGUUUGAGUAUCGCCGCACUCAGGAGAGCGUCUGAACCACUUGCCUGUGGUCAGAACAAAAAUUUAGAAUCAGUCAGAACAGAGUGACCUGAAUUGACCACCCAACAAAAGCGUUCUUUCAUCUCUGCUGAUUGUGAGGCUUGACAAACUUUACAGAAUGCUGGAAAAUUCCAUUCUACCCAAAACGAAACUGUAGCACACAACUUAAAUGUACUUACAUUAAGCAAUGGAGCCAUUCCUGACCUUCAGAGAAGGCCUGGUGUUAAAUAAAAAGUGUAACGCCAAUUACCGGCUAAAGAUGUCGGUGUUUGACCUAGAAUGGUGCAACAUGCUACCCUUCUGCUUAACCCAUCACUGGUAUGGUUAUCUCUGAAAACCUCGAGGGGGGCGGGGGAAUCUACCCUUUAUCUAGUGUGACUUUUCACACCCAUAUACAUUAAUAUCACUUAAAAUUAAUAUUUCUAUAUGUAGGUAUUUUAAUAAAACUUGUGUGCUACAGUUUCUCUUAUGGUUCAAUGGGAUUUUUUUUUUUACCAGAAGUCUGUAAUGCUGGUUUGCCCACAGAGCAUGAAUCGGUCAAUCAGCAAUGUUCCAUUGACUUUUCAGUCUGGCUAGUGCUGUCGUUUGCCCUGUUGCUGUUACUAAAGGUACCUUUACACUACUCGGUCACUGCCACUCCCAUAUAAAGCAGACACUAAACAUGCCUUGGUUGUUGGGUACAAAAACUGGGGCAAAUUCAUGUUGCACAGUAACGUAGUGUAGAAUAAAAGAUGGUCAGAAAAUAGAGGUACAACAGUGGGCCCUGCUUUAAAGGCCUCCUACAUAAGAUUUUGAAACAUUGAUCUAGAAAAGCUUCAGAAAUCCAUAGAGCCUUUUGUUUUACCACACUGUCUUGUGUUCAUCCCUCUUUUUGUUAUAAAUGAGGCCGCAGCCAGACAUCUACUCUUUUCUUCCGACGGAAGAUCUGGGGUCUGGAGAACUACUCUCUCGCAUCCUGCACGUUAAUAAUGCAUAACAACAACCUUUUAUUAACUGAUACUGAAUUGCUGUCAAACACUACAUGGAAUUAACUACAUUCAUUCAGUUUUUUUGGGGCAAUAGUAUGACUACUUUAUCUCACACAUACCUCAUGAUUAGUGAACAUUGCUGUAGGACCUUGAAAAGUCCUUUCAUGAGCAAUUUCAUGCUUAUUUUUUUUAGUGAACGGUUGAAUAAAAUAUUAGUGGUUAGAAGAAUAUUCUGAGCUGCUCAGUCACUGAAGGGAAAAUAUUCUGCAUACUGCACUUUUCAGUCCAGUGUAAACUGACAGUAUUGCUGAGCCAUAAUAAAAUCUUUGAAGUAGGCCUGAAAUCAGAA